UUCAUUCCAUUCCAUGAAUGCUUUGAUCUCGUCUUUCCAGAUCUGGUAGUUCUCGCCGUUGGCAGAAAGGACCUCUACAUGGUUCAAUUUGGAGGCGGCAACAGUGGGGUUACUGGUGGAUGUCAUGGUUAGGUUUUAGGGUAAGCGUCUUGUUGUUUUAGGAUGUAUAGAUUUUUGCUAGCGGGAUUUUUGUGUAGUGGCGUAGGCGGUCUGGCUCUAGCUCGUAGGUGGAAUGGGUAUUUGCGUAGGUGGUCUUUCUCUAGAGUGGGGUGGUCGUCUAUGGUGCUGAUAACGUGUUGUGGAACUCGUUACUUUAUUCCCCUUCACGACGGUGAAGACGGCGAAGAAUUGGGGUUGUUACCUGGCCGUUGGAUCAUGUCCAGACUCUCCGAGCGAGAGUGCGACAUGGCCUCCUUCCCAAACCUUUGUCAACGGGAUCGUCCUGGCUGACCUUGCUCGACAAGUUCCGGCAUUGAGGUUUAAACAUUACGUGACCAACAUCUCCUGUACAUGUAGCAAGCCGAACACCCGAAAUCUUCGCAUGUGUGCGUGCUGCA